CCCCGGAGCCCGGCCAUGCUGGCGGCGCGUCUGCUGCGGGCGGCCCCGAGCGGGCUCGCCUCCCUGCACGGCUCCGCCCGCCGCCUGCGCGGGGCCCGGGUGGCCGUGGUCUUGUCUGGAUGUGGUGUGUAUGAUGGUACGGAAAUCCAUGAGGCCUCAGCCAUUUUGGUUCACCUGAGUCGUGGGGGAGCUGAAGUUCAGAUGUAUGCCCCAGAUAUUCCUCAGAUGCACGUUAUUGACCACAGCAAAGGGCAACCAGCUGAGGCUGAAUCAAGAAAUGUUUUAGUGGAAUCAUCAAGGAUUGCUCGUGGUAAAAUCACAGACCUGGCUAAACUUAGUACAAAGGACUAUGAUGCUGUGAUAUUCCCUGGUGGAUUCGGAGCUGCUAAAAACCUUUCCACCUUUGCUGUGGAUGGGAAGGAUUGCAAAGUGAAUGGAGAGGUUGAACGUGUCCUGAAGGAGUUCCACAAAGCUGGAAAACCCAUUGGCCUGUGCUGCAUUUCACCAGUGUUGGCUGCAAAAGUACUCUCUGGUGCUGAAGUUACUGUGGGACAUGAAGAAGAGGAAGGUGGGAAAUGGCCUUAUGCCGGAACUGCAGGAGCCAUUAAAGCACUGGGAGGAAAACACUAUGUAAAAGAAGUAACUAUAUCCUUUCCAAUUAAUAAUCAGUGACCACGUGUUGAGGGACACUGCUAUUCUUAAUGUAUAAAUCAGCACAGUUGCAAAAAUAUACUGAGUCGAUGCUUAACUGUUGAUAGUCUGUUAGCACUGUACUGUAGUAUGAUACAUGUGGACUAGGCAACAUUAUUCCCAUUGAUUUAUCAGGUUAAUAGUGUGACUGAAUCCUUACACAUGGUGCUCAGUUGUUGCCUGAAAAUUCCUCUGGCACAGCCAGUACCGCAGUUAAGUCAGAAGUGCUAUACAUAAUGGCCUACAAGUACAAUCUAUCCAUGGGAAAGGACCUCAUAACUAGUCAGUUUUGUUUGAAAUUCAUUUCUUCCUUUUUCCAAAAGUCUAAAGCAGUGACCAAGACCUCUUUACCCUGAAGCAUUAACGUCUAAGCAAGGAGUUUCCUAUCUUUUCAUGUAAUCUUUAGUGCUCUUUUCCCCAUUGAUGCAAUACUGGUAUUUCUGACAAAAUAAGUAGAACAUCUCCAUUCCGAGGCUACAACGAUGACCACUUUUACAUUCCUUGGGGGUUGGGGAAGAUAUUUUUUGAAGAUGUAGGUGGUGGUGGUUCAUUCUACAGACAGCAUCUUCUAAUACUAGGUUGGCUGUGGUUUCCUUAACUCUCUUCCACGAAGCUCAUGUAGACGUGAACAACAAGAUGGUUACUACCCCAGCGUUUAUGUGUGAAACGGAAUUACAUCACAUCUUCGAUGGUAUUGGGGCCAUGGUAAAGGGUGUACUGAAAUUAACAGGCAAAUGAAGUGACUAUCUGUAAUAAUAGUAGUAAGUUUUAGGAAGUUAAGAGUAUAAUACCAGAAAUAUCAUGCAUCAGUGGAAACGUAUUUCCCCUGCUUGCCCCUUUAGCACUUUUAUAAACCCAGACAUAAAGCUGACAGUCUGAUUCCCAGCUCUGUUCAGAUAUUGCAAAAAUGUUUGCUAUAUAAAUGCAUUGAUUUCCAAGCACAUCCUCACAAAAGGGCCUGCUGACUGGCUCUUUGAGUAAAGGUAAUGCAUCCUGUAACCUUAAUAAUUCUUUGGACUUGGACAAUUGGUGAGGGUUGUAUGAGAAUUUUCUGAGACCAGCCAGCAUACUAUUCCAACAGAAAAAAACCUCCAUUCCUUCGAAAAAUACUGGGACGCACAUAAAAACUGAAUGACGUGAAUACUGUGGAGUCAGACUAUUUGGAGCAGCACUCGGUGCAGUGAAACUGAGCAUAGGGCUGGAUUGCUUUGUAGAUUUCACAGUUCUGUUUUCAGAGGCUGCAUGGUGUGGUUGAAAUGCACUAGUUUAAAUUGCUAUUGCAAGGAGUAGAUACAGCUGCUAUAGGAUUGACUGCCAUUCAGAGGUGGGGAGUGAAGUGACUGCUGUUCUUUCUGAGGAAAGCUAUGUUAAAAUGUGUCCCUGGCUAGUCUAGCUGCCUUCCAUUUAAACAGCUAUUGUAUUUGUUUCUCUGUGUGUGUCAGUCUGAACUUUUGGCAUUGAGAGAGUGCUGGGAUUUGGAGACAGAGAAAUUUAAGAGGACUGAACCAUAGAGACACACUUACCCGUGUGUUUCAAGCAAGGCAGCAGUAGUUUGCUGCGAAUGCAGUCAUUUCUUAUGUCCAUGAGGUAAAAGUCAGCAUCAGCUUUGAUGUAGCCUAAUGGAAACAGUCAUUUCUAUGCCUCAUGGUUAACUCAACAUUAAUUAAAACAUUGUGUUGCACAGCCCUCCUUUCCAUAUUCUUUUCAUGUUUUUUUUUUCUGUUUUAAAAGGUGUACUUUUCCAAAUACGAAUAAAUCUGUGUGUCAACAGCAGGACACACCUUACUAUAAAUGCCCUAGCAUUUUGAAGACUCUCUCCUAAUUUAACUGCGCAAUAGGCCUUUUAUAUCUAAAAGAGGGCUUGACACAAAGAAAAAGUAUCAGCGACAGUGCCUUCUACAUUUUAAAGAUAUCUUCCACGUGAACGUAGUUACUUGCCUAGCAAUGGGCAGCAGACUGACUCCAGUGCUAUUACCACCUUCCCCUUUCCAGACUAACAGCGCUCCUUCCAUAAAAAUACAAUCAAAUGUAAGAAGAAUAAGGUAUAAAUCACUUAAAUGUUGUCCAGCUAUUUUCUUUUCCAUUUUCCCGCAUAUCUCUUUUAAUCAUAGAAUAUGUGCAUUUAAAGGAGCCUUUAGUGAUUCAUAGAGUCCAACAAUCUUCAGCAUUUCCAUCUCUUUCCUAAUUUUUGUUUAUUUGCUUAUUUUUAUUUCUCUUCCUGCCUCAUUAACUUUUUUCUUUAUAGGCCAGCAUAGCAUUCUGUUUCUUGUAUUCUCUUUGAGCUCCAAGUUGUCUGUCUUUCUCUCUAUUCACAGAAAAAUGUCAACAUAACAGAACUUUUGUGCUCCAUGGGCACCAGCUUUUCACAUAGAAGUACCAUGUUCCAAAUACAUUUGCCCUGUGUUUUUUAAUCAACAGGAAUUUUAAGACAUGUACACAGUUGUUUUUCAAGAGUCUCAAUUCUUUUGCUCCUAUUAGGACGAUGAUCUUAAAAGGUUAAAACAUGGAUUUUGAGGAUGUUUUUGCCAGCACAUAGUCUGCUAAUUUGUUUACUCUGUGAUGUAAUGAUAUCAAUAUACAUUGUUCUGCUUAUUGGUGCUUUUCUUAUCCAGACUUCGGGCCUGCUGUCCCUGUUAAGAAAACCAAACUAGUUUUGAUGUGGCUACAGAAUUUUUGUGUGUGUGGUUUUAGUACUACAGUAAAACACUGUACAUAAAGUUAACAAAAAUGUCAUGUAUGAGAUGUUCCAGGGAAUGAAUAUAUUAUAGUGAGUGUUUCAGUUAAAGGUGGUUCUUGUAAAUUUAAACUAAUGAGCUUCAUUUAGAUUCUGAUGUGGUCCAAUUGUGUGAUAGCGCAUUGUGGUAUAAAUACUAUCUAUGCCCUUGACUGGAAAGCGGUGGGUAUUUAAGAAGAUGCUUUUCCUUUGUAAAAAAAGAUGGUUCUGUUUGAAAAACUGUGUUCUUAACCUUGUUUAAUCAAUGCUCCUGUAAAAAAGAAAAAUACUCUUAUGGAAGAGAUUUUUUCUCUAUUAGAGCAUUUUUUUAAAAAUACAAAACAUUUUUGUUUGGUACAAGUCCAGCGUGAGCUGAGGUUUUGUAAUUGCACCACAAGCAUAUUCACUAUUUCCGUUGAUCACCUUAAUAGUUAAAACUGUGAGCUUCAAUGGUAUCCUCUCUUGUAGAGGUUCUCAGGAAGCUAAAAACAAGAACUGUAUACAAAUUAUAUUAAGUGUGUUUGGGUGGAGGUUAGUAAACUUCAUGUUGCUCGUGAUUUGUUACAAUGCUGGGUUUGUGUGUGCAGAAAUUGUAAGCUAUCAAAGGAGCAAGAAUAGAAGUGUAAGACAUUGUUUUCAUGUAGCUGACUACAAAUAAAGGCUGCUUCCAUAUG